GCGGCUGCGUGGACAGUGAGAGGUCAAAGAGGUCAUCCCGGGGUUAAGCUCUGUACACGGACAUUUGAAGCCCUGCAGCUGAGUCUCACUGUCACCAUAAUUAAACUAAUUAACACCAUUGUUUUUCUCCCUAUGGUGUCCUGCCCACACAUAAAACACUCUGUCAGCAGAAAUAUUACGAGCAGUGCUGUACUAUCGGCCCACUGACUGUAGCAGAUGGCAGUGAACCAUAAGUACAAUAAGAUGAGUCCGUGCAGAUUUAUGUCACAGAGAGAGGGUGAAGUUAUCUCUGCGUAUUUAUUCUGUAAAAAGACAUAAAGGGGUAACUUGUUAAUGUCACUGUAAAGCAGGAUUUUUGAGUUCCUUUUUCUACCAUACCAUUUGGUUACUCAGUAAUCUUCACCAGCUUUCAUCUGCACGUUUUAACCUCACAGGAUUCACUGCAGCCGCGCUGAUCUCAUUCAUCUUGCAGCACAAUGCAUGCAGUGUUUAGAAUUCAGUAGCCAAAUCCACCCAUGAAUGAAAAUAAACAGCCCUCUUCGUGUUGAUGGGUUUAAUAAGUUACCUCAUUGUGCCGGUGAGGAGAUGACAUUAUUAAUGACGGUUUUGAUCUGCUGGAAGAGUUUCGUGUGCCUGAAUCGAGAGGAGUGAGGAGGGUGGACGGCUCGCAACCUGAGGCGGUGGCCUACCGCGUCAACCCCUCUAUUCAUCUGCGGAAGACCAUGAGUGAUGUGUAUCCAGACGGACUGCCCUCCGACUACUCCGUCAUUGCGACCUUCAAGGUGACCAAGGAUGCGGCAAAGAAAUCCUGGGACCUGUGGCAGGUCAGUGACCCCAACGGACGAGAGCAAGUCGGCCUGCGCUUCCAGGGCGACACGCGCUCUUUAGACUUCUUCUACACCAGCCCCCGAGGGAGCCAGAUGCUGAGGACCUUCCACGGCGCGACAAAGCUGUUUGACGGAGAGUGGCACAAGUUGGCGCUGAGUGUGAAGGGCAGCCAGGUGAAGCUGCUGAUAGACUGUGAAGAGGUCAGCGCGGAGUCCAUUGACGAGCCGAGGCCGGUCAUCCAUCGAGGGUACACGUCCAUCGUCAAGCGGGCGGCACGAGAUCGCUCUGUGUCUGUGGACCUCCAGCAGAUGCAGGUGUCAUGUGACCCAGAGCAGGCUUAUUCAGAGGGCUGCUGUGAGCUCUCCGGUGUGUGCGGAGGGUAUGCUGAGAUCGGUCUAACUGCUGGAAAAGCAUCUUGCAAAUGUAUGAAUGGACAACCCGGCAUCCAGGGACCUCCGGGGCCAAAGGGUCACACAGGUCUUCUGGGAAGUCCUGGAGACGCAGGAAGACAAGGAAACUGGGGGAUCAGGGGAAACACAGGAGACUACGGCAACAUCGGCGAGUCAGGCCCGAAGGGUGAAGAAGGAAUCAAAGGAGAGAAAGGAAUGAGAGGACUCUGGGGCCAAGUGGGAGACAGAGGUCCUAAAGGGCUGAAAGGAUUACAAGGAGCGGCAGGCUUCAAGGGAGUUCGUGGACCACCUGGAGACAUCGGGGAGACUGGGAAUCCGGGAGAAGUUGGUGCUAAAGGCGAACAAGGCUAUGAAGGGAUUCCCGGGUAUCAAGGAGUUAAGGGAGCACAAGGGGCCACUGGUGGAGAAGGGAAGGCUGGGUCCAGAGGAAAGCAGGGAAUCGUGGGAGAUCCUGGAGAGAGGGGAACCUCCGGAGAGAAGGGGCAGCCCGGGAUCCCAGGGCCUGGUGGCAGAGCUGGCACCAUCGGGCCGAAGGGCAUUAUUGGAGAUCCGGGCUUACCAGGCAGAGAUGGUGAUCUCGGAAUAGAGGCUUAUCAAGGACCGCAAGGUCUCAGUGGGAAACUCGGACGAAGUGGAACGAAGGGAGAGAAAGGCACCCUCGGGCCCGCAGGAGAAAUGGGUCCCCAGGGCCGAACUGGCCCAAGAGGUUACAAGGGCUCUGCAGGGAAGCCAGGAAGACCUGGAUUUAUUGGCCCACCAGGACCUACUGGACACGUGGGUGUGCCUGGAAAACCAGGGUCCAAGGGUGACACAGGAAUCCAGGGAAUUCAAGGAGCUGGAGGUGCAGAGGGGGAAAAAGGAGUUAAGGGCCCAAAAGGAAAGGUUGGAGGCAGGGGUGGGCAGGGUCCUCAGGGAGGACGGGGGAAGCGCGGCCCAGCCGGCCCACCUGGACGCUCGGGCUCUGUCGGAGUCAAGGGGGUUCGAGGUGAAGGAGGACCAGAUGGCUUUCAGGGGCCCCCGGGUCCACCAGGCCCGACGCUCCCUGCCGAACACGUGAUUGAGGUUUGUAAGGCGGUGUUUCGGGAGCAGAUGUCCGCCUUUGCCAACUCUGUGAAGAGGACGUGUGCUGCAGUUUGUCCUCUCUACGGGGACGUGCCCAUGGGUGCCCCUGGUCCCCCCGGACAGAAAGGAUCCCCCGGACCUCCUGGCGACCCUGGUAAUGACGGUGUUGUUGGAGAAGUGGGCCUGCCGGGAUUCUAUGGAGAAGCCGGAGAACAGGGCCGCCAAGGAGAAACAGGUGACAGAGGCGAGCAGGGUGAUAAAGGGGCCAAGGGUUACGGCCUGCCUGGCCACACUGGAGACCAGGGAUCUCAGGGUCAGCGUGGACGUCCCGGCAGAGCCUUUAACGGCCAGCCAGGGAAGCAAGGUGAAAGGGGCCAUGUCGGCCGGCCUGGACUCAGAGGCCAUGCAGGUCUCAGAGGACCUCCAGGUGUUUGUGUCACCUCUGGGUGCGCUGAUCCGAACCCCACCAGUGGGACACCUCAGCCGGCACCACGGAGGUUGAGGAAUCGCCCAUAGAGGAAGCUACAGUGAAUACUGAAUAUAAUUGAAUAUCGAGCUUUAAGGAGGAAAACAUGGUCGAAAGUUUUGUUAAUAUGUUUGUUCAAAUAAAUUUAAGUUUUCAUGUAAAUAUGCAUCUUAACUGAAAAUGGGAACAGUUUGAUCUACAAGGUUACCAAAGACAACAACACCUGUGUGAUUUGAAGGAGAGUGGUAACAAAAUAUAUUUGUAUAAAAAGACCGUCUUCAUUUGAUAGUUUUAUUUAAACUGAUUUCACAAGUCUGAGUUGUCUUAAAAAGUCUGUUCUUUAUAAUAAAAACACAAAAAUCACA